CUUUUUAGCCAGUUGCCUUCUUGAGCCCCCCUGUGGCUGAUGGGACUGCUUGCUGGCAUAAUUAAAGCAACUCUAAUUAAAGCCCGAGAUCCUGGCUGCGGAGGCCUCCCAGGAGGCCCCCCGAGUGGGGAUGGAGCCUCGGCGGCCCGGAGCUUCCUCUCUGCCUCCCACAGCCUGGAGGUCCCAGCCUCCUUCCUUGCGAGGGGUUUGGAGGACUGGGGUUUGGUGACCUCGGACAUCUUUGCUGGGACCACGAUCGACCCCAAGGCCCUGGUCCAGAAGUUGGAUGUGGACGCCAGAAGCGUCGUCUCCGCAGGAGCAGGCCCCGAAGCAAAACCCGUUUUGUCCAAGAAAGAGAAGAUGAAGCUGAGACGGUGCCGAUGGCUGCAGAAAAUAGAGGCCAUCAAGGCGGCCGAAGAGGCGCGCCGGGCGCAGGCGAGGCGGAAGGCCACGGCCGUGGUGGGAGACCUGCACCCGGCGGUGGGGGGGCUCUCCCCUUUGCUGACCGGCUCCUGCCCCCGCAGCGCCCCAAGGCCGAAGGCGGAGCCCGCUGACUUCAACCGCAUGACCCCGGCCCAGAAGCGCAAGCUCCUGGACGACGAGAUGGCGCGCUUCCGGGAGCUGGCGGCCAGCGCCUCCUACCGGGCCAACCCUCUGCGGGCCAUCGGCGAGCAGCUCUCCAAGAGACUGAGGCAGGAGGACGGGGGGCUCUAGAGCGGACGGCGGAGGCCGGGGGAGCCGAGGCCGGGACGGUGACCGAGGCCGGGACGGUGACCGAGGCCGGGGGCGGUGACCGAGGCCUGGACGGUGACCGAGGCCGGGGCGGUGACCGAGGCCGGGGGCGGUGACCGAGGCCGGGACGGUGACCGAGGCCGGGGGCGGUGACCGAGGCCGGGGGCGGUGACCGAGGCCGGGGCGGUGACCGAGGCCGGGGGCGGUGACCGAGGCCGGGGCGGUGACCGAGGCCGGGGGCGGUGACCGAGGCCGGGGCGGUGACCGAGGCCGGGACGGUGACAGAGGCCGGGGGCGGUGACCGAGGCCGGGGGCGGUGACCGAGGCGAGGCCGGCCUCGUGUGCCCGCAGGGGGAGCCACUGACUGACUGCAGAACGGCUCCGAUGCCUCCGUUUGGGGGCGCCGCGGCCUGGCCCCGCCUACCUCACAGGGAUGUUGUGAGGGACAGCUAAUAAAGUGAGCCCCCGGGGCCUCGGGAGAGUCGGCGUGCUCAGCUCGGGGGCCGACCCUGCGCUCCCUGGGACGGCUCCGAAGGGGGCUCCCCUGAGGGCAGUGGCGCCUUCUCCCCGUUUGGGGGGGGGGGGAGCUUGGUCCAGAGCCAGUCGGGGUGGCCCACGAGGUCUGCCACCGUGGAGGGCAAGGGGGUGAAGGAUCAGAGUCCGUCUGCCGCCAGGACCGUGCCCGGACUGCCCUGUGCCUCGGUCAGCCGGGACCCUGGAGCCCGAGUCUCCCCCUGCCUUCGGCGCCCAGCCCAGUGGGAGCACUGAGGAGCAGCCCCUCCCCCAGGCUUACCCUCCCCCUCCUGGGCUUGGGGAGCGCCCCGAACUGUGUUCACGCCUGGGGCUCGGAGGCCUCGGGCUCAGACAGCACGGACUGGCUCUCCCCUGCGUUUGUUUGCGACCCUUAGCUCCAUGACAACGGGCCAGGCGGCAUCUUCUCCCCAGCCCUCCCCACCCGGGCUUUGCUGAGGGGGGAUGGGGGGUCUGGUCUGUGUUCUUACCGGGAUUGGGAGCAAAAGAAUUUGCUGCCCUUGGGAGAAGAGGGAGUGUGUGUGUGUGUGUGUGUGUGUGUGUGUGUGUGUGUGCGCGCGCGUGCUGGAGCCCCUGUUGUCCGGGGCCACGCCCGGGGGGAGAAGGGGGGCUGGGCGCCCAAUGUGAGUCUGAGGUUCAUCUC